GAUCUGCGACUUGUUGAGGCCGCAGGGUGCUGGCAGACGCACCUCAGCCGCUGAUCUCUGCCUUACUGUCCUCAAUUCGUCUCUAAUGUGUUUCGCUUCGGGCUGCGGUGCUGUCUGAGGUGGCAGGAGGACCGCCGGUACGACUGCUGAUCACACAGGGACCAUUCGAAUGACACACUGGCGAGAGGGGCUAUCAGCGGAGGCAGGAACGUUGCGCAUCUGACGAGGGAGGGUGACGAAGGCGGGGGCUCUGCUUGAGCUGAAAGAUCUACCGGUGAGGCACUGAAAAGGACCACAGUCCGAUGCAUCAUCCACUGCUACUCUUUUCGUUUGUUUCGGUUCGGGUGCGUCAUUCAGGUUGUCCCUUCACACCAACCGAUCCAGCGAUGAGCGCGGCUUUCAGCUCCCACCCGCAGGCGCACACGCCCUCCUCUGCCUCCCCGGCCCACAUGCACACCCCCACUGCAUCCACCCCCAUGAACGUCGACAGCACACACCAGGUCGUCGCCAGCCAUCAGCAGCCGGUGGCAGGCAACGUGCCGCGGAUGGACAGGGCGGGUUCCAGUGAGAGCAAUACGGUGUCGAGUGGGGGGCGGUCGUCGAGCAUCGCCAGCCGCAAGUUCACUUCCCGUCCCGGCAUCAUCGCCGAGCCAAAACGCAGCCUGCUGGUCGACACUCUGGGCGAAUCGUCGCCUGCCCGCCCCCCCAUCCCUCUCAACCACACUGCGUCCACCGCACCGCCACCACGACCACCACUACCAAAAAAGAGCGGCUGUCCGUCCGACUACUCGAUGUUGCUCUCCAACCCGGAGCCCAUCUUCCGCCGCUCGCACAGUGGGCUGCAGUCACACCCGCCGCUUCCCCCACUUCCCGUGCUCGCCAAGAUGCACCUGCACCCCUACCUGGCUUUCCGGGCGCCCGCAGCAUGUCACACGAAGCCGGCCGCAGCAGGAGAGGGAGGGAGAGAUGGCAAGGCUGACCGGACAAAGAGGCGGCUGCAGCUGGAGUUGAGGCGGCUGGGCGGUGACGACGUGCCGUCCAUCAAGAAGGAGCCGCCGCGUGAUCGCGUCAAGAAGGAGGGGAAGCGAGAGGCCAAGUGGCGGAUCGGGGAGGCCAACCGCCCACGACUCAUCCAGACAUCCACCCCGUAGGACAGACACGCAACGGCAAUACCCAUGCAUACGCACAUCGCUACCUGUCUGUCUGUCUGUCCUUCAGUCCCCACAUUGUGCCUCUCGCCUCCCCCUCCAUCCUCACGCCCACCUCGCCAUUCGGCCCCUUCGACCUCUCCCCCCCGCCAUUGGCAUUCUCAUCACCCACCCAGUGGCCGGCUGUGACGCGCAGCAAGCGCACCAGCAUCAAGAGGAAGCCCCCGGUGCGGCAGCGUCUGCGCAGAGAGGACGGCUGGCAGGAUGUGUAUGAGGGCAGUCACGCUGCCGAGAAGGGGUGGCUUGCACAUGCUUGCGGCGAGGAUGAGUCGUCUCUGAAGGUCCGUCGCGGUGUGCGGUGGACGGAGCUGUCGCUGUUUGUGCGCGUCCAGAGCUCGGCGAAUGAGGUCACCCUGGUGCACAUCCCUCCCUGCAACCAGUCGUUCGAGUAAAGACAUACGGCGAGAGAAACAUGACGAGGUCGGCCGUCAGAUGGCGGAAGUGGAGACGAGGGUGCAGCAGCAGGAAGGCAGCGAAGGAUCCGCAGCGCCUGCUGCUGCCCCCUCGUCUCCAUGUCUACUAUCAUGCGGUCGACCUUGAUCUUACUGCACUGUCCUGUGGCAUGUGUAUGUGUGUGUGUGUGUGUGUGCUGUGGUGGUUGGCGUUUUGGGUUGGGUGCUGCUGCCUGUGUUGGUGUUUUGCGUUUUUGCGGCUACGUGCAUGUGUGUGUAGUAUUACUGUCUAUUUGGAUACCAUACAAUUCGACCUCCCGUACUUGGGGAGGGGGAAGGGGAGGGGGCUGACUGCUGACAGACAGAGACAGAGACAGAGAGAGAGAGAGAGAGAGAGAAAGGCAGACAGACAGAGAGACAGAGAUGAAAGAGACAGGCUGUCCGUUGAAUCAUGGCAGCAUCCGGGUGUGACGCAAGACAGACGAGAUCGGCCAGCGUCACGCAUCUGUCUGGUCAGAGUUGCGUGUCACGAGUGUGUUGGUUAGUUAAGCCGCAAGUGUGACAUCGUGUGCGCCGCUCUGAGUGAGUCGGUUGGCCAGAGUCUGAUAGAUAGUGCCCUAUGAGUCGAGCGAGAGAGAGCCAGCAGCGAGAGAAAGAUGGAGGAUUUGAGUCUUAUCGUAAUUAAGCCUGUCUUCUGGAUGGGAGGGGAUCUUGUGCGUGGGUGCGUCUGAUGGCCCACUUGGACUACAAAAGGGACAUAACAGACAGAUGAAUCCGAAAUAUAGUGUCACGCAGAAGCUCGUUCUUCCUUCUCAAGCACACAUAUGCUG